UCGGAAGCAUCAAGCAUCACCAAGCAUCAUCAUCAAGCAUCGAACAGCAAACUUCAAGGCUCUUUGUCUCGGAUAGACCAACACAUCUAGAUAUAUUAUUGAAGCAUUUCAACACAUCUCCAUCUACUAUCCAUCAGUUCAAUAACUCAACAACAACAUCAAUUGGUUUUACCAAACCUUAAGAGUUCUUAGCCUCAACUUCAACUUCGAAAGUAAACACACCACACAAUGGGUCUCAUCACCGGCCUCGUCUCAACCGUAGUCCACGCCGCCGCCGGCCGGAACCCCUACAGCCACAACCACAACAACCAAUCCCCCGUCACAGCCCCCGGUGCGGCCCCCGGUGCCCCCGAUUCCGCCGUCACCGGUCUCCACGAGGGCCACAACCACACCGGGCCUGACGGCCAGCCCUGCGGCAUCUGCAAAGUCGCCCUCCCCUUCGGCAAAGGCCGCGAGGCCAAGCGCGAGCGCAGGGCCGCGAGAGACGAGCGGAAAGCCGUCAUCUACGCCAUGAGGGCGCAGCAGCGCGGUGGGAGAAGGGGACGGUAUGGGUAUGAUACUGCUGGGUUCAUGGGUGUUGCUGCUGGGCCUUAUCAACAGCAGCAGCAGCAGGGAUACUUCAGCGGCGGCAACAACAGCAACAACAUCUCCCGCGCCGGGCCGUCUUCUGCUCAAGAGGAGGGCGUUGGGGAGAGGAGGCGGGCUUCUACGGGGGAUGAUGUGCCGCCGCCUGCGUACUCUGUUGCUGGACCUUCGUCUGUUAGUGUUAGGAAUGAGGCGAGUCGGAGUGUGGAGGUUUUGGGGAAUGGUGAUGAGAAGCAGGGACAGAAGGCUUAAAUGCCUAGUACGGUUUCCUUUGUGCAAUGAGGUAGAGCGAGCGCGGCGUUAGGAUACCUUUAGACGGCCUG